AUGGGGCGGGGGACCAAGAACGGCGAGGGAGGGCGAUGGCUGACCCGCCUGCCGCUGCUCUGGCAAUGGCUGCUGGUGUUUGCAUUCACCGUCAUGGUGCUGCGGCACUGGAAGUGGCUCAAUAUGUCAUCCCCACUGGAGGACGAGGCGGCGUCAAGCCGUGGGAAGGGCAGCAGGAAGGGGCUGCUGCCCGGCCAUGACGCCGAUGCCGGCGGCGGCGGCGGCGGCGGCGGCACCGACGUGGCCGGCAAGGAGAUGGGCGAGGUGCAAGCUGACUGGCGCGUGGGCGGCGGCGCAGGCAACCGCGUCACCAAGAAGGCCGCCACGCCGCCACGCGGUUGCCCGGUGUCGGUGCCCUGGGACCAACUGCCCCGAGACCCGGGCAAGAAGCGCGCCGCCGUCUUCACGCCAUACAACAUUGUGUUUGGCGGCGGCGAGCGCUACCUGCUGUCGGUGGUGGCGGUGCUCCAGGACAUGAAGUACAACGUGGAUGUGCUGGUGUUCCGCCGCAACGUGUGCCAGACCAAGGAGCAGCUGCUCAAGGUGGCGGCAGGGCUGAGGGUGGCCCUCAACCCAGACCUGCUCAGCAUACACGUGGUGGGCGCCCAGGGCAUCCACCUACAGGCCCCCACCACCACCCUCACCGAAUACUCUGUGUUCAUGUCUCUGGGCAACGACAAGCUGCCCACGUAUGCGGGGCUGGGCCACGUCAGCUUCUACAUGUGCCAGUUCCCCUUUGACCUGGUGCGCCCGCCCCGCCCGGGCACCACCAAGGCCUUUGCCUCCUACGACUACGUGCUGCUCAACAGCGAGUACACAGACAGGUGGUACCACGAGUUUGCGGGGCCGCACAUCGAGAAUGCGCUGCGGGUGUGGAACGCGGCACCCACGGUGGUGGUCCUGCACCCGCCGGUAGAGCCGUUCAACAAGCCCCCGGCGAAGAAGGCUGGGGCGGGAGAGGCUGGCGCGCCGCCGCCGCCGCCGCAGCCCGACCGCCAGCACAUUGUGCUGCUGGGCCGCUUCUUCAAGGGGCGGCAGAGCAAGGGCCACGCCGCCGCCAUCGACAUCUUCCGCCAGCUCAUGCCCAAGCUGCCUGCCGCCACGCAGCUGCACCUCAUCGGCAACCUCAUGCCGGGGCACAAGGACUACCUGCAGGACCUGAAAAAGAGAGCCAAGGGCCUGCCCGUCCACUUCCACAUCGGCGUGCCGUCGGAGACGAUAGAGGAGCUGCUGCGCACCAGCCUGGUGCAGUGGCACCUGACGGGCAUCGAGCUGGUGGCGGGCGCGGAGGACCCCGCCAGCGAGGAGCACUUUGGCAUCUCCAUCGCAGAGGGCAUGAGCGCGGGCGUGAUCCCGGUGGUGCUCAACCGCGGCGGCGUCACCGACAUCGUCAAGCACGGCACCACCGGAUUCCUUUGCCAGGAUGCAGCGGAGGUAGCAGAGCUGACUGAAGGCGUGUUUGGGCUGGACGACGACAGCCGGCGGCGGCUGCGCGGCAGCGCCACCGCCUGGGUGGACCGCUUCAGCCAGAAGGCCUUUGCCAAGAACUUCCGAAUCCUGGCCAAUCGCGGCAAGCUGUCCAAGCCCUUCCGCUUCCUGCAGCAGCAGACCAUGGACUUAGUGCUGGCCCGCUCCUUCAAGCUGCCAAAGUCAGCCAAGAAUGCGGCGCUCAUCAUCGAGCCUCGCCAGCACUAUGCUUUUGAGUAUGUGGUCAAGAAUGUGAUGUUCCACCUUGGACCCGAGUGGGCGCUGCACGUGUACCAUGGUACCGCCAACAACCAGUACGUGCAUCGCGCGCUUGCGUCGCUGGAGAACGUCAACUACCACGAGCUGGACACGGUGGGGGUGAGCAUCGCCAUGCUCAACCAGCUGUUGAAGAGCAGCGACUUCUGGGAGGAGCUGCAGGAGGCGGGCCUGAGCCACGUCCUCUUCUUCCAGACAGACUCCCUGCUGGUGCACGGAAACAUCAGCGCUUUCCUGCAGUACGACUAUGUGGGCGCGCCCUGGCACCGCGGCAACGAGCGGUGGGGCCGCGCCCAGAAGCGCAUGCCGCACGGCGUGGGCAACGGCGGGCUGAGCCUGCGGUCGGUGCCUGCCAUGAUGGCCCUCGCCCGCCAGCAUGGCAACAACCACAGCAACGCGCAACAGGAGGACUUCUUCUACUCGGAGCUCAUGGAGGCGCUGCCAGAGUACCAGCUGCCGCCCCGCCAGCAGGCCUACCAGUUCUGCGUGGAGGUGCCGUGCGACGACAUAGAGGCGGAGGCGGGGGGUGUGGCGCGGCCCGGGUCCCCCGUGCUGACACUGCCCGGCGUGCCCAUGGCGCUGCACGCCACCUGGUAUUACUUUGUGGGGCAGCCCAAGCGAUACGCCGACCUGCUGACCCUGCUGGAUAUGAGCGUGUGCGGGCCAGAGGCCUUCAUGCGCCUGCGCACCGCCUCCGCCUCGCCCACGCCUGAGCUGAAGCAGGCGCGGCUGCGCAAGCUUGCCGCCCAAGAGGACGACGCACCAGGGCAGUAA